AGUGAGUCCUGAGGUCAAGUGAGAGUCUGCUAUAAAUGUGUUGCAAAUGAAAACGCCAUCGACUCUGAAGGGACAACACGGGGACACCAUGAGCGCCUCCGUGGCCGUGUACAGGAAUAUUUACACGGAGGACCGCUUCAAGCAGGCGUACGGCUCCGAGGAGGAGGCGGCCGGGGGUUCGAGGCUCCGGGAGAGACUGGCCGGGAAGUGCAGGUGCUCCCGGAGGUCCUGCUUCCACCUGCUGAGGGAGAGAGUCCCCGUCUUCAACUGGCUGCCCAGAUACAGACUAAAGAAAUGGAUUUUAGGCGACACAGUUGCGGGGCUGACCGUGGGUAUCCUUCAUAUUCCACAAGGUAUGGCCUUUGCACUACUCACGUCUGUGGCCCCGAUAUUUGGCCUUUACACCUCCUUCUUCCCUGUUGUGCUAUACAUGUUUUUUGGCACGGGUCGUCAUGUGUCCACAGGUACCUUUGCUGUUGUCAGUCUGAUGACUGGCUCUGUGGUGGAGCAGCUGGUUCCCACUCCUCUGGAGGUGAACUCCAGUUCAUCCGAAGCAGCUGACUUUGAGGCUCAGAGAAUCGGGGUGGCCUCAGCUGUAGCGCUUCUCUCAGGAAUCAUAAUGCUCUGUAUGUUUGGACUUCAGCUGGGCUUCCUCUCCACCUACCUGUCAGAGCCAAUUGUUAAGGCUUUCACCAGUGCUGCUGCCCUCCAUGUCACCGUCUCACAGCUCCAAAGCAUGCUGGGCCUGCGGCUCCCUCGCCACACUGGGAACUUCUCUCUCUUUAAGACUUUAGCAUCGGUGAUUGAGAACCUGCCUCACACCAACAUGGCGGAGCUGCUGAUCUCUCUGGUCUGCUUGGCUGUCCUGGUCUCUGUUAAAGAGAUAAAUACCCGCUAUCGGCAUCGACUGCGCACACCUAUCCCUGUGGAGAUCCUUACAGUGAUCAUUGCUACGUGUGUGGCCUAUGUCUCCUCGCUGGACGCUACAUAUAACAUUGAGAUAGUUGGCCAUAUCCCUGCAGGAUUUCCAAGGCCACGGUUACCUGCCAUUCACACGUUCCCUGCCAUCGCUGGAGACACAAUAGCCAUAACAUUCGUUGGAUAUGCCGUGUCUGUCUCACUGGCGAUGAUUUAUGCUGAUAAACAUGGGUAUUCUAUUCAUCCCAACCAGGAACUGCUGGCUCAUGGGAUUUCCAACACGGUGUCCUCGUUUUUCACGUGCUUCCCCAGCUCAGCCACUCUAGCCACCACCAGCAUACUCGAGAGUGCAGGAGGCUACACACAGCUCUCUGGCCUGUUCACCAGUCUGGUUGUCCUGGUCGUCCUGCUGCUGAUUGGACCGCUGUUCUACUUCCUACCCAAGGCAGUCCUGGCAUGCAUCAAUGUUACCAGCCUCAGACAGAUGUUCCUCCAGUUCCAAGACUUACCUGAGCUGUGGAGAAUCAGCAAGCAUGACCUUAUGGUUUGGGUUGUGACCUGGUUGUCUGUUGUGGUGCUCAAUGUGGACCUUGGUCUCGCUAUCGGGGUGAUUUUCUCCAUGAUGACAGUGGUCUGCCGCACUCAAAGGGCUGGUUGCUCAGUACUUGGACGGGCCAGCAACACGGAAAUAUACAGACCUUUGGAAAACCACAGCAAGUGCUAUGAAGUUCCUGGAGUGAAGAUCCUGACCUACAACGGCCCCAUUUAUUAUGGCAACCGCAGCUUCUUCAGAGAGCAAAUGAGCAGGAUGCUGGGUCUGACGCCAGAGCGGAUCCGCAGCAGGGAGAAGGCCAGGAAAGCCAUAGAGAAACGAGAGAGUGAGACCUCUGUCAGCACCGUGGAGAGAGGUAUCGCAAACACAUCCUUUUCUUCAGAAAAUGAGUUUUUUCAAUCAGAAACAUCUGAGAGUGACGUGCAGGCCGUGCUAAUCGACUGCAGCAGCGUCAUAUUUGUCGAUGUUGCGGGAGCAAGACUUUUCACGCAGAUUUGCACGGAGUGCCAGAAAGUUGGGAUUCAUGUUUAUUUGGCAAACUGCAAUGAGAGCGUCUUAAAGAUCCUGACCUCAGGCGGCCUUAUGAACCACAUGAACCCUCAACAUAUUUUCGUGACUGUUCAUGACGCUGUGAUGUACAUUCAGCAACAUAAGGAAAAACCCCCAGAGAGCACCAUGACGGUUUGGGUAUGAACCUGGAGGACAAUGAGUCAACUUUAACUCGCACGGCUGUCUAGGACUGAAAGUGCACAACAGUUUCCGCUUAUCAAGAUGAUAUUUAUCCAGCUUGUACUGUUUACUACUGUUUCAAAGAAGCAGUCACCUGUUGUCGCACACAGAAAUACAAUAACCUUUACAUCACAGUGUUAAAGUUUUUUUUUGCCGAUAUUGGACACACUGGGCAUAGUCUAAAUGUAUCUUGGUUAAAGUCAAGCAGGAGGAAUUGCUUCACAAAUUUUGCCCUCCAAUAGUCUGAAGAACAGCAAUAUACCUUAUUUCUUUCAUUGUUUAUGACAUGUUUUCUGAUAACAAUAGUUUUUUACAGUCAUGUAUGAUGUAUUUUGGCAUUUUGAUAAUUUUGCAUUGUAAUAUUUAUUUCGUUUUUGUUGUCUUCUAUACAAUUAAAUAUGAGAUGCACUGCAUAGUGUUACUAUUUAUAUCUUUUGAGCUUGGUUUUGGCACUGUACUGUAAAUGCCAAUCCAUACUGUCUUUAAAUAUUCUGUAUUUUAACAGAAGAGACUCGACCAAAGACUUCAUAAAUGAGCUUUAUACAUCAACUGUGCCUAUGAAGACAAUAAAUAUCUCU